AUGGUGUGCAUCAGCCACAGUGAGACGGUAGAACAGCGGAGGACAAGGAGCCGCGAGUAGGACAAGCUCUACGAGGAGUACACACGCACCUCACAGUCUAUGAAGCACACAGCAAUCGAAGCCUUCAAUGAAACUAUCAAGAUCUUCGAAGAGCAGGGCCAGACUCAAGAGAAGUGCAGCAAGGAGUAUCUGGAGCGCUUCCAGCAUGAGGGCAAUGAAAAACAGAUGCAGAGGAUCCUGCUCAACUCAGAACGGCUCAAGUCUCGCAUCACCGAGAUCCACAAGAGCCGCAUGAAGCCGAAACAGGAGCUGUGGACACAGACCUUGGACAACCGGGAGAUCCAUAAGCACAUGAACAGCCUGAAGCCAGACCUCAUGCAGCUGCACAAGAUCCGAGACCAGUACCUGGUAUGGCUCACCCAGAAAGGCGCCCGGCAGAAGAAAAUCAACGAGUGGUUGGGAAUCAAAAAUGAGACUGAAGACCAGUAUGCACUGAUGGGGGAUGAGGAUGACCUCCCCCAACAUGAGGAACGAACCUGGUAUGUGGGCAAGAUCAGCCGCAUGCAGGCUGAGGAAAUGCAAGGCAAGCGGGAUGGUACCUUCCUCAUCCAUGAAAGGAGCCAGCAGGGCUGCGAUGCCUGCUCUGUGGUGGUGGAUGGCGAUACCAAGCACUGUGUCAUCUACUGCACGGCCACUGGCUUGAGUUCUGUGGAGCCCUACAACCUGUACGGGUCUCUGAAGGAGCUGGUGCUGCAUGACCAGCACAUCUCCCUCGUGCAACACAAUGAUGCACUUACUGUCACACUGGUACAUCCCAAUGAGGCCCCCAGAGCUGGAAGGAAGCCACCACACCCCUGGCGGUGGCGCAAGCCCGAGGGGCGGGGUCGGCGCGAAGGGGCGGAGCUUCUGAACGAACCGCAGCUCCUCAUUGGUCGUGGAGAGCGCGGUGGUGGGAUCCGGCUCGGGGGCGGGGUCGAAGGCGGAGCUCGUCGGACACGCGAGCGGCAGACGCGGCAUGUGGGCUGCAGACGCGGGCCUCACCGGAGCCUCGUGGGGGCCGAGAUGGCAGCCCGCGCGGAGCGGGCGCUGCAGCCGGCGGAGCUCGGAGCUUUGCGCGACCCCAGCGCACGGCGGGGCGGGGCGGAGACGCUGUCCUCGCGGCCCGAGCGCCCGGAAAUCGGCCGCAUACAUUCUCCCUCCGGGUGCCUUUCCCGUCCUCCUCGGAGGCAGACAUCGCCCGCGGGCCCCUGGCCCCAGACUCGGAGCCUCGCGGAGGGGCGGUUGGGCGGGAGCUCGCGGUGCGCGGCAGCGUCCUGGCGGUCAGCUGGGCGGCCGAAGACCCUCGCCUCCUACGGGCCUCCGUGGUCAGCUUCCUCAGCCAGCUUUCCCUGGGGGUGCGCACCCUGCAGCGCUUCGGGCCCCCCGUUUCCCGCUGAGCCCGGGCUGGGAAGAGGGGCUGAUCCUUCCUACCGCCGUUAG